CAUGAUGCAGUUUGGGAUUGAGUACUAACAUAGAACCCGGUGACUGAUUCCCCAGUUUAUUCACUUUGUAUUGAUAUUUUGGUUAUUUUUCCGUUUCCACUCGUCAUAUUUGUGUUCCGUCGGACCUCUGCGAUGAACGGGGCGGUGAUAAAAAAGACGCAGGACACACUGGGCAAAGUUAUAAAGAAACCUCCACUGACGGAAAAACUGCUAAGCAAACCCCCGUUUCGAUACCUACACGACAUUUUCAGUGAGGUCAUCAGGAGCACUGGAUUUAUGAAAGGCCUAUAUGGAGAGAAUGAAAUGAAGUCAGAUAAUGUCAAGGAUAAGGAUUCAAAGAUCACCUUCCUCCAGAAAGCAAUAGAUGUUGUGAUGCUGGUGAGCGGUGAAGCCCUGGCAGCAAAGCCAGCUCGUAUUGUGGCUGGACAUGAGCCUGAAAAGACCAAUGAGCUGCUGCAGGCCAUCGCCAGGUGCUGCCUACACAAGAUGUCCAGUGAUGAUGCAGUAAAGCGAGUGCUUGCAGGAGAAAAGUUUGAUUCAAAGUCCAAGGCCAGCACAUCCAGAUCCCAGGACAAGGAGAACAGGGACGGACUGGACAGAGAGGAGAAAAAGAUCACAGAGCGCAGUGGAAGUCGAGACCAAAAGGACCUGGAACAGUCCAAGGAGCCCGAGAGCCGACGCCGAGAUGGGGACAAAGACCCCCAUCGGGACAGAGAACAUCCAGACAAACAGCACCGCGGCCAACAAGACCGAGACAAAGACAAGAGCCGAGACCGGGACAGAGACAAAGAUAAAGACAAAGGACGUGUCAAAGACCGGGACAAGGACAGAGAGAAGGAUAGGGAGAAAGGUCGGGAAUCUCACAGGGACCGGGAAAGAGAAAAACGAAGGGACAAAGAGCGGGACAAAGACAGACAGAGGCACAGAGACGGGGAAGACAGAAACAAAACUACUGAGAAUGACAGCAGCAAGGUCAGAGUAUCAGAGGACACACAACAAAAGUCCACAACCGAAGAACACAGCAAAUCUGCCAAACCUGUGCCAGUGGAGCCAGAUCUAACUGACGAGCCUGCAGAAGCAGUUGAGAACCAGUCGGACAGUCCAGCUAGAAUACCCAGGCCUUCAUCUGCCAAAGGCCAGAGGCAGAAACCCAAAAUUGGAAGUCAAGAUGAAUCUGACAGUGAGGAUGGAGAUGCUCAGAAACCUCUUCCACAUGAAAACGGAGACAUUGCAGGACCUUCAGUGCCAUCUGACCUUGCCUCCAGUAUCAGACGACCCCCCCGGCCCAGCAGUGCUCGUCCAGCCCCCCCCAGAGUCAAGAGUCAGGACAGUCAUGUUGAUGUGACUCCAGUUGACAGACUUUCUAGUGCCAAGGCCACAGCACAGGUGAUUAUGGAUGGGAAGAAGCUGUCUGAGGACGAGGAGGAUGAAGACAAGCAGUUUCUAGUGGAGGAGGCAGCCCUUCCUUCCACAGACGCUCAUGAAAUGGACAUGGUACCUGCAGCAGAACUGGACGGUGAAGAGAAACAUGGUGGCCUCGUGAAAAAGAUCCUAGAGACCAAGAAAGACUAUGAAUCGUCAUCAUCUUCCCCCAAGUCAAAGGAACAGAACCUGGUUUCUGAAGCAGCGAAGAAGAAGGAGCGAGACCUGGUGACGCGGGAGAUUGAGCGUCUGCGUUCAUCAAUCCAGACAGUGUGUCGCAGUACGCUGCCUCUGGGGAAGAUCAUGGACUAUAUCCAAGAAGACAUGGAUGCCAUGCAGGCGGAGCUGCUGACCUGGCGUCGGGAGAACAAGGAGCAUGCACAAGCCCUGGUGGACGAGCAGAGAGCCACCGACCGGGUGGUGGAGCCUCUGAGGUCCGAACUGGCUGAACUGGAUCAGCUGAUCAAGGACCAGCAGGAUAAGAUCUGUGCAGUCAGAGCAAACAUACUGAGGAACGAAGACAAGAUUCACAAAAUGGUCUCUGGAAUCAACUUCUCAACCAAAACCUAAAGUGAGAACACAUGGCUCUGUAGACAGGCUUUUCUAAAUACACUGAAGGUUUAGGGGUGACCGGUUUCCUGUUUGGAGUCCUGGGGAAGACAUUUUUACUAUGACAUGACAGGAUAGAACCAAACGAUGCACUUUUCUGGAUUUAUGUCAGAAAUGAAGAAAUAAUGCCAGGUUGGAAAUAAACAUCAUCAGUGCAAUGUAAAUUAUAGCUCCAUCAGUGGUUUGGAGGUUGGGUGGUGUUUCCACAGAUGAGGCUACUGUGACUGACAGAUAAAUACAUAUAUACAUGGAAAUAAGAGCAUGUGCGUGGUGUGAACUCUGACCUCAGGCCUUUGCUUACUGCUGGUCUGUAAUGGUGCCUUUUUCUCAAAGAGCUGAACUGACUGUCAAUAGUUGUGUUUAAUGAUAAGUUCGUUCAUCAAAACUACUAAACACAUUCCACAAAGAACAAUUACUGCAGAUUUACUUGGUGUUUUUCCUACCUGACUUUUACACAUCAUGAAUGUUUGUGAUGUUCACAAGAUCAUUAGUUGGAUUGAAGUGUAGUUCAUGUUCAUGUUCCCUGUGUUCACAUUCAUCUUUUGUCGUCAGUAAAUGGUGAUUCCAGCUGAACAUAGGACUGAACAUGUUCUACAAAUAUACUGCAAAAACAUGACAUACACUUCUACACUACACAUUUCUAAUGUGGCAUGACUCACAAUCAACAUCAGCAUGUACAAAAACCACACACUGAACGAAGAAAAGAAAAAAAUGACCACGUUUGUACCAACCAUUGUCUCCCAAAUAUCGUCAGUAGUUCACCGUCCACAACAGUAGAAGACGCCAUGAGUCAUCAUAAAAGUAUUGGUAUUGUACCGAGUUCUGCCGGAAUCACCACUUCCAAAUAAAAGUUCCCAUGAAUGUGAAUGCAACUGGAAAGUUACUCAUUGGUGGAAAAGCUUUGACUUCUUUGUUCCUUCAUAUUAAUGCGGCCACCACACCUGGACAAGCAUUUACCUGUGGCCCCUUACAGCACUACCGCUACUACUACUACUACUACUACUACUACCAAUAAAAAUAAUAAUAAUAAUCAUCAUCGUCAUCAUAAUGAUAAUAGCUGUUUUGAGAGAUCUCUUUGUGCUCAGUGGGGAAAAUGCUUUUUGAUGAUUGUUUUUUUUGGGGGGGGGGUCUGCAGUACUGCCAGUGACCACUGGAGUUGGUUGCAAUUACUGACAGAGUGUUGGUGUUGUACCUCUUAAGUUUAUUUAUUUAAUGAUCACCAGUGAGGAGUGUAAAUAUACAUCAUCGCCAUGUACAAAAGCAACUGGGCUGAAUCAGAUGUGGGAAAGAGCCCAGCGUUCAAUGUGUCGUUUUAUUUAAUUUAAUGUCUGAAAUUACAUUUAAAACGGGCUGUCGAUUUGGCACAAAUGAUUUGGAAGAACAUGCCAUAUUGUCUGCAGUUUGACCCACAGCACCACCUACUGUUGUGGAGGUGAAUUACUGAGCGCACUAAUGAGUGUUUGUAUAGAGGACAAAUUUGUGUUAUGUUGUGCUAUAUCUGUUAAAAAAAAACAAAAAAACAAUACAAAUGACAGUUUUCAGGAACUUUGUCUGUCAUUACCAUUUCACAAAACCCAUGUUCACAGUUUGUUCAUAUACACACUAAUAUUUCAUUCACAGUUUCACAAUGCACCGCUGCACUUUGACAAGUAUAUGAAAAGAAAACCUUUGAAUUACUUAGGAAAACCAUUUGCAGAAAGAAAACUAAGUGUUAGAAUGCCUGGGUCCUCCUCAUGGGCUUAUACACUGACACGCUGAUCUACAGCAGUCACAUGCUUCACCAUUGUUCCAGUGACAACGCUCUACUUUAAUUUGAUUGUUCUCUUAACAACAAGGCUGUAAAGGUGAAAUAGUGACUGGAUCAUUUGUGGGAUAUAUUGUAAACAACCUCUUUAGUCUCAUUUAUCCACUUAUCACCUCUUUUUUCAAGACAUAAAAGCUUCAAAAUUCACAUGACCUAUUAAUCACAUUUUAUGUGGUCGAAAAUAACCAUCAAAAUCACUUGCCAUAAUCUUAUUUCAGACAAGAAGAAACCAAAAUCCCUUAAAAAAAAAAAAAAGUGCACUGACGUCAAGAUGAGGGAAUGUGGAAGCUCAAAAUGCUUUUGUGUUUUUAAGAUGAUUUGUGCAGCUCUUUAUGGUGGUGGUUGCUCCAUUUUAUUUGUAUGCUAGGAUUUGCCUAACCUUUCCUUUUGGGAUCAAAUUGUUGUUACGUUUUAAGGCAACGUCUUGUGUGAACCUUAAUUUCUGUAGAGAUGUGGAAAAAUGAAUUAUUAGAAAACAUAUUAAUGGCUAGUCAAUGUCUUUGUACAUGUAUUUAAUGUGAAGGAAUAGUGGAUUAAAAUGGCAGUAGAAUGACAUGUCCAUGUAGACCUGAUGGAAUUGAAUAUUAACAUCAGGAGCUGGAGAAUUACCUGUGAAUCCUUACACUGUGGCCUAUGAAUAAAAAUGAAAAUAUUGAGUAACUUUUGAAUUAAAUGUAAUGAAGCAUUUACCUUAAUGCAUGCACACCAUCAAUAUUUACCUCUGGAAUAAAUAGGCCACAAGAAACAAAGUCCAGACAUUUAAGCUUCACCAAAAUCUGAAUCAAAGCUUCAAUACACAGUAUUUUGGAUCAUUGGGAAAAAGUUCCAUAGUACUUUACAUUUUAUUAUGUUGGAAUUCAAUAAAUCCUACUAGAAACUACACCUCCUCUGUUUUCAUCCAAUUCCAGUGACCAAUCACAGUGAUGAACUUGCUGUUUCUGGUUUUUGAAUAAAAAGCUAACUCUGGUAGUAGAUUCAAAUGAUUUUUAUUAAAUGCACAUCAUUCUUCCAAUGUGCUUUUUUUUUUUACUUUGACGUUAUCUUGUUCCAGAUUUCUGCCAAGUGUGACUUUACUGUUAAUGAUAAUAAAUAUAAUAAUAAUAAUAACAAUAUCACAUCUUUUGAAAAACCACAUGUCUACAUCGUGUUAUGUUCUAAAUACGUGUUAGAUGAUGUUUUUUUGUUGUAAAUCUGUUCAUUUAGAUUCACAAAAACUACCCAACCAAUCGAAAUGUUCUGUCAUGUGAUCCGCUGAUAAUCCAUUGUUUUGUCAGUAUUAUACUUGGUCCACUGGGUGUAAAUAUAGAACAUUUACUACAAUUCACAGGAAAGCUGGCAAAGGAAA